AUGGCGCGUCCAAGAAAGGACGUCAAGUUCAACCACCAGGUCCGCAGCGCCAGCAAUGGAAGAGCCCGGAGACCCUCGCAGAGCAUGUCCGAGUUCAGCGACCCGGGCAGUCCCACCAUCAAGGAGGAGACGACGCCUCCGUCCGCCGAGCAAUCCCCCCAGAGCGAGUACGAGAAGAAAAAGGCAAACUUCAUAACGCGCACCGUAUGGACCCUCGUCAUGAUUGCCGGCUUCUUCUGGGCGCUGGGUGCCGGCCACCUCUUCAUAAUCAUCAUCGUCACGGCGGUCCAGGUCAUAUCCUUCAAGGAGGUCAUCGCAAUCGCAAACGUUCCCAGCAAGGCCCGCAGCCUGCGCUUCACCAAGUCGCUCAACUGGUACUUCCUGGGCACUGCCAUGUACUUUCUCUACGGCGAGAGUGUCAUAUACUACUUCAAGCAUGUCCUCAUGGUUGACCGUCUGCUGCUCCCCCUGGCUACCCACCACAGGUUCAUCUCCUUUAUGCUGUACAUUAUCGGCUUCAUCUUCUUCGUCUUCUCACUGCAAAAGGGCCACUACAAGUUCCAGUUCACCCAGUUCGCCUGGACGCACAUGGCUCUCUUCCUCAUCGUCGGGCAGGCACACUUUGUCAUCAACAACAUUUUCGAAGGCUUCAUCUGGUUCAUCCUCCCCGUCUCCAUGGUCAUCUGCAACGACAUCUGGGCCUAUCUUUGCGGCAUCACCUUUGGAAGGACACCCCUCAUCCAGAUUUCGCCCAAGAAGACAUGGGAAGGCUUCCUAGGCGCCUGGUUCUUCACCGUUCUCUGGGGUGUCCUCGUUACCCACUUUGUUGCACGCUACAAGUACUUCAUCUGCCCUGUCAACGACCUUGGCGCAAACAUCUGGUCUGGCCUUGAGUGCCGACCCAACCCUGUCUUCGUCGCGCGCGAUUACUCUGUUCCCUUCCUUCCCGAGGGUCUUCCGAUUCCCCGCACCUUCAGCAUCAUGCCUGUGCAAUUCCACGUCAUCAUGCUCGGAACUUUUGCGUCUCUCAUCGCGCCUUUCGGUGGCUUCUUCGCUUCUGGUCUCAAGCGCACAUUCAAGAUUAAGGACUUUGGUGACUCUAUUCCCGGUCACGGUGGAAUGACUGACCGCAUGGACUGUCAGUUCAUCAUGGGCUCUAUUGCAUUUUUCUACUACUCGAGUUUCAUCGCUGUUCACCACACUACCGUCGGUGGAGUGAUCGAAGCAGCCGUCACCGGACUGACCUACGAGGAGCAAAUGGAUGUUGUCAAGAUCCUGAGCAAGCACUUGGUGAACCAGGACGUAAUAUCACCAAAGGUACUGGAGCUUCUUUCGGAGCAAAUCGUAAGGAGAUGAGCAGAUGGCUGUGAAGAUUUCAACAGUUAUUUCUUUGGCACUUUAGGGAGGGUACGAAACGCUACGCAGGAUGCUGUUUCGACAUAAUAUGAUGGGGAGAGUGGCACGGGUUAUGCAUGAGAUAGGAUGGUAUUUGGGCGUAUAUACCCUUUUGCGAUUCGGUACGGGAUUUGAAAAGCACUUGAAAAGUGCGUGUGUGCAUAUAGUAAUAAACUAAGCUCCUACCUGUGAUUUUGUAUGCAGCUAGUG